AUGGUCACGUCCCUCCUCUUUGUCGGCUUCAAUGCGCUCAAGAUGCUCGGCAUGGCUAACCCUCAAGAUCACGACGCUAGCCGUUUCUAUUACAUCGCCGAGGCCAUCUUCAUGGUGCUACGCGAUAGUGUGGACCCAAGCGCCGCUCACCUGCUGAAGGACUCUGCGCAUAUCGAAGAUGAAGAGGAGAGGAAGCAGCUUGUUGCCAGACAGCUCCAGCCUGCCUACUCGGUGAAUAUUGUGAGCAUUGCCGACGAUCCAGAGAAGCAGCGGCUGAGCAGGCUGGUAGAGGCGUAUACUGGUCUUGGUCUUGAUAAUGGCGCCGAGUCUGAGUGUUCGUGCAUGGAGUAA